AUGAUCCAGGGUAACUCCUUAUAUGUGGAGAAUGUAACUGGGGACGACAAUCAAUUUACCAUGUUUGGUGUGGGUGUUACUGCCUAUGUGGACCUACUGGAAAAGUCAUGUUCAUGUAGAGAAUAUGACUUGAUCAAGAGACCCUGUGCUCACGCGAUGGCCGCUUUGCGAUCGAAGCAUGUCAAUGAGUAUGGUAUGAGCAUCUAUAAGUACUCUUCGCAUUUGUAUAAAGUUGAAGCGUACCUUCUUGCAUACAUGAAUUCUAUUAAUAUUAUCCCUCUCGAGUCGAAAUGGUGUGUUCCAGAAGAAUUGCUUAAUGUGAAGAUUCUUCCGCCUCUUGUCGAUAUCAAGCUUGGAAGAAAAAGAAAAUAA